AUGGCUCCUGCUCCCAAAACUGCCUACCCUCCAGGGACACAACUAACAGUGGGCUCCCACAAAAUCUCCAUACUUCAGUAUAUUUCUGAAGGUGGGUUUGCUCAUGUCUACACUUGCAAUAUUGUUUCUCCUAAACCUCCACUCGGCUCGAAGAAUGAAGUUGUUUGUUUGAAGAGAGUUGCUGUUCCAAACAAGAUGUUAUUAAACAUUCUUAGAGCUGAAGUUGAAGCCAUGAAAAGAUUGAAAGGAAAACCUCACAUUGUUUCUUAUAUCGACUCACAUGCUUCGAGGAUAUCUUCUGAUGGUUCUCAAGGCUAUGAAGUUUUGCUUUUGAUGGAAUAUUGUUCCAAACAUGGGUUGAUUGACUUUAUGAACACAAGAUUAACAACGAGAUUGUCGGAAGCAGAAGUCUUGAGAAUAAUGUACGAAAUCACCCUUGGUGUUUUGCAAAUGCAUUUUUUGGAUCCUCCUUUGGUUCAUCGUGAUAUCAAAAUUGAAAACGUAUUGAUCAAUGAUAAAGAUGAAUACCAACUAUGCGAUUUUGGAUCAGCCUGUGGGAUAUUACGACCUCCUCAAAAUCCUGAAGAAUUCAAAAUGCUACAAUCGGAUAUUUUACAACACACCACUGCUCAAUAUCGUUCGCCUGAAAUGAUCGAUUUAACCAAGGGAUUUCCUAUAGAUGAAAAAGCAGAUAUUUGGGCAUUAGGUGUUUUCUUGUAUAAACUAUGUUAUUACACUACGCCUUUCGAAUCCGGUGGGGAAAUGGCACUUUUACAAGGCACUUUUGCUUUUCCUCAUCAUCCUCAGUAUUCUGUGAGAUUGAAAAAUAUGAUAACAAUCUUACUUAAUGUAAAUCCAAAUCUUCGUCCCAAUAUCUAUCAGGUUUUGAAAGAACUUUCUUUAAUGAGAGGAAUGAACAUCCCAAUU